CGAACCCCAAAGUCCAUGUUGCAUUGAAUUGUCGGGCCUAAGCUGGCAUCCUGUUACACGUUUUUGCGCUGGACGAACGUAUUCUACGUUAUUAAUGAUGCUUGGAAGUGCUAUUUCAAGCCAAGUAGUCAGGUGUGCCUGGAACCGUUUCUCACCACGAGCAAAGCCGUUUGUGGGUGUUCUUCGGAACUCCUUUAGCACACUGAACAAACAAACCCAUCAAGGAAAAGAAGCAAGGUUGCGAUUACUUUCUAGGCCAUGUCAAAACACACAGGGCAAUAGAGGGUUGAAAGAGUCUGCACAGAAGGGUGGAGACAAUACCGUAUUAUUUGUUGGACUUGGUGCUUUAGGCCUUGCUACUAUCGUAGCAGUUCAGUCGAAUAUAUUUACACUUGAUAAUAAAGUGAAAAAGCCGUCAGAAAGUGCUUCAGCAAGUCCAGUCGUGACGGGAAAUGCAGAGGUAAAUAAAGGAUACACAGAUGACUCACAUAACCAGACAGAAAUUGCUGUGGUGGAGAAGAAUCAGAGUGAAGUAGAGGAUGCUCAAGCAAAUGAAGUCACAGCUGAAGAACAACCAGAAGCUGCUGUCACGGUCACAUCAGAGGAGCCAAGUGAAGCAAAACAAGAAGAGAGCAUUGCUGAGGUGGCAACAAAGGAGACUGUACCUAGUUCAGAUGAAAUAAAAGUUGAAGACUCUUCAGAAACAAAGCAGGAAGAGGUGAUUGCUGUUGAUGAAGCUGUAAAAAAGAAUGCAUACAAAGAUCUGCCAAAAGUUCCAGAGUUUGUUCCUUAUGUUAUAAUAGGUGGUGGGACUGCAUCACAUGCUGCUUGCAGGGCCAUUCGUAAACAUGACCCCAAAGCUAAGAUACUCGUCAUUGGAGAAGAAGAGGUUUUGCCUUAUAUGAGACCACCUCUUUCAAAGGAGUUAUGGUUUAGUGAGGAUGAAGAUUCCGCAGAUACAUUGUUUUUCAAACAGUGGAAUGGAAAAAGGAGAAGUGUUUUUUUUGAAGAUGAUACCUACUAUGUAAAACCACAACUGCUUCCAGUACAAGAUAAUGGUGGUGUGGCUGUUCUUACUGGCCAUAAGGUUGUAGACAUUGAUCCAUUACAGCAUACAGUUCAUCUUAAACGAGGAGAAGGUAUCAAAUAUGAAAAGCUUUUAAUUGCUACUGGAGGUUAUCCAAAGAGUCUUGAUAUUUUUACAAAUGCUUCUGAUGAUUUGAAGAGCAAGGUUACCCUCUUUCGGACAGUUGCUGACUAUAGGAAACUUGAGAAGCAAGUUGGUUCACUUGAUUCAGUUGCAAUAAUUGGUGGUGGAUUUCUAGGAAGUGAACUUGCCUGUGCACUUGGUGCAAGAGGAAAGAAAAGUGGAAUGGUUGUCUCUCAAAUCUACCAUGAAAGUGGAAAUAUGGGCAAGGUCCUUCCAAAUUACCUUAGUGAAUGGACAACAAAAAAGGUUGAAAAUGAAGGGGUAAAGACAUAUGCCAAUGUUCACCCAGUUAAUGGUGAACUUAACAAUGAUGGGAAAGUAUCCAUUCAUUUGGAUAAUGGUGAAACAAUUGAUGCAUCACAUGUUAUUAUUUGUGUUGGAAUUGAGCCAAAUACUGAUUUGGCUAAGUCUGCAGGUUUGGAGUUGGAUCCAGAGCAUGGUGGAUUUAGAGUGAACUCUGAGUUGCAAGCCAGAUCAGAUAUUUGGGUUGCUGGUGAUGCAGCUUGUUUCUAUGAUGUUAGACUAGGACGCCGUCGUGUUGAGCACCAUGACCAUGCUGUUGUUAGUGGAAGGCUAGCGGGAGAGAACAUGACUGGAGCAAAGAAGGCUUACCUGCACCAGUCAAUGUUUUGGAGUGAUCUAGGCCCAGAUGUUGGGUAUGAAGCUAUUGGUAUUGUAGAUAACACACUGGAUACAGUUGGUAUAUGGGCAAAAGCAACUGAAGCUGACUCUCCAAAAGCCGUGGUUGAAGCAACAGGAGAGAAUUUAAGAUCCCAGACUGAGGAAGAUGCAGAAACAGGUGAGUCAGUUUCAGUCCCUGUUGACACUGUUAGCAGCACAGAGGGGGCAUCUGAAGAUUUUGGGAAAGGAGUUGUCUUUUACUUGAAAGAUCAAGUCAUUGUUGGUGUACUGUUAUGGAAUGUAUUUAAUAAAAUGCCAGUUGCUCGUAAGAUCUUAAAGGAAGAAAAAAAGCAAGACAGUCUAGUUGAAGUUGCUAAACUAUUUAACAUACAUGAAUAAUUUAGUUUCUAGAAUUGCUAUUUAGAAAAGUGGCAUGUAGGACAUUUUGCAAUAUAGAUAUGACCUAUGUAUCUUGUUCAAAAAGGCAAGCCGUCUGUGUGAGUUGGAGUGAUUUACAUUGCUCACAUUCAAUAAUAUUCCCUAUCCUGGUGCUACCAAAAUUAUGACAGAAUUGAUUUUGAUAACAGUUAAUUUCUUUUCUGUUCUGAUUUAGUAAAUACCCACAUAAAAUAACAGUUUAAAUACCCACAUCCCUAUCCUAUAAGAUCCAACUCACCCGAAAAAUAGAGUUAUUUAGUGUGACUUACAAAAUAUCUAUUUUUGAAUUUUUAAAUUUAGACUACUUAAUCUAAAAUAGCACCAUAAAAUACUUCUAAAUAUCCAAUUAAAGAUAUCAAACCUGCCAACAGAUUACUGUUAUUUUGGCUCUGUUCAUGGGGAAAGAGCCUAUGCUUAUGUGGCCAUAUCUCAGCCAAUUCAUAACACAUUGACUGGUUUUGCAUGUUUAGAGGUAUUUCAAGGUGUACUUUUAUGCAAUGAAAGCCAAAUUCAAGAACUCUAAAAAUAGGAUUUUGUGAUGUCAUCACUUAAAAACUCUAUUGGAAGAAAUUAUUAUCUGCAGAUUGCUAUAUUUAGCAAUGGUAGAGAACUGUUCUUUGAGGAAAGCAUUUCAGAUAUGUUUUGACGGUGGAUGGCUAUUCAAUUAAGAAGCCACUGAAACAUCUAGUAUAUAAGAAUCUGUUCAGCCUGCCAAGGCAAACAUUUCAAGAUCUUAUAUAUGGAGUCUACUGGUAUUCCUGAUACAUCUAUUCCAUCAGAUUUUGUAUCUUUAAUUUUCAAAGUUACUUAGAAAGAAUUUUGAUGCUUAAUUACUAAAUAUAAUAUUUCAAUUUUCUGCUUUGUAUCUUAGCUUUGAUUGUUAUUCCCAUGUGCAUUAGAGUUUGAGUGUGUUACAAUGAAGUGAACAGUUAAACAAUUGAAA